AGAGGGUUAGGAUAAAGCCUGGCUUCGCCUCACUCUCUGCCUCCUCCCAGAUCAGAUGAGAUUAGGAAAGAGCUAAGGAGCUCUGGGGGAAGGCAAGGCUGAGAAACACUGAGGCUGAGGAGGGACACGGCAAGGCAGGUGGGCACUCCUGCAGGAGGAGGAAACUGGAGAGCAGAGGCGAGUUCCCUCAAGACUGCAGGGUUAAAUAUGUUGGUGCACAUGAGGGAGUACUGCUGUGGGGGAGAGUUUGGAGACAGCUAGAAAAGCAAACCAUGCCAAGCUGAUACUGGACUAACAGAGCUGACAGUGGGACUGUAUGUGAGGAUCGUCUGUUGAACCCUGAACUACCUGGAGUCUACUGAUAUUCUUCUUCGGCUUUUAUUGGAAGGUAUUUUAGCAAUGGGGAGGAAGAAGAUCCAGAUCACCCGGAUCGUGGAUGAGAGGAACCGACAGGUGACGUUCAUGAAGAGGAAGUUCGGUCUGAUGAAGAAGGCCUACGAGCUGAGCGUUCUGUGUGACUGUGAAAUCGCCCUCAUCAUCUUCAACAGCUCCAACAAGCUGUUUCAGUACGCCAGCACCGACAUGGACAAAGUCCUACUGAAAUACACCGAGUACAACGAACCCCAUGAGAGCAGAACCAACUCUGACAUUGUAGAGGCUCUGAACAAGAAGGAGCACCGAGGCUGUGACAGCCCUGAUGGUGAGGCCUCCUACGUCCUCACCCCCAAUACUGAGGAGAAAUACAAGAAAAUCAAUGAGGAAUUUGACAACAUGAUGAAGAGUCAUAAAAUCUCCACAGGCCUUCCACAGCAGAACUUCAUGCAUGUGGCACCAGGCAGCAUGCCGUACAGCCCCGGUGCAGGAGGAGGAGGAGGUGUGACUUCCCAGGCUUUAGCUGCAGCCACAGCAGCUCUGGCUGACAGCGGGAUCCUCUCGUCACAUCACACACACCUCCACAGAAACUCUCCACAAAGACCUCCCAGCACUGGAAAUACAGGUGGCCUGCAGGGCAAUUCUGAUCUGGCUCUGCAGAAUGGAUCUGGACCAGCUGUAAAUGGUUUUGUGGGUUCACCUGGUGGAAGCAGUUUGGGGAAGAUCAUACCAUCCAAAUCUCCUCCUCCUCCUCUUCCACUGUCUGGGAACAGCCUGAUCCCGACCAGCCGCAAGACUGACCUCCGAGUGGUCAUCCCCCAGUCCAAAGGAAUGAUGCAAACACUGAGCAACCAGAGACUGAGCAGCUGUCAGUCCAGCCAGCCUCUGUCCACCCCAGUGGUCUCCAUCACCACACCCAGUCUGCCUCACCAAAGUCUGGUCUACUCCGGCAUCAGCUCUGCUUACAACAAUGAUUACUCCCUGAACAGUGCAGAGCUGUCGGGCUUCAGCUCCCCUGCAGGCCCGUCUCUGGGCUCCAUGGCAGCAUGGCAGCAACACCAGCUGGGCCCACUGGGGCCAGGAAGCUCCAAUCUCUCCAUCAACACCAACCACAACAUCAACAUCAAAGCCGAGCCAAUCUCCCCACCCCGUGACCACCUCAGCCAGUCCGGGUACAUGACCCAGACUCACGCCCUUCCUCAUCUUCACUCCUCCAACUCCUCAUCCACCCGAGCAGAGAUGGGGAGGUCUCCCGCAGACAGUGUCAGCUCCUCCUGCAGCUCCCACGAGGGCGGCAGUGACCGGGAGGAGCAGCAGCGGCUGGACUUCCACUCGCUCCCCAUGAUUCGGUCAGAGGGCAGGGAGAGUCCAACGGUCAAACGAAUGCGAAUGGACAGCUGGGUGACAUAGACCCUGCAGUCACAUGACAACACAACUCCAGGGCAAACACAGGAAGGACACUGUUAUGCAAAUGAAAUGUGGAUUUUAUAGAUGUGUUCUGUUAUUUUUCAUUAAGUUAUCUCUGUUUUUUGUUUUGUUUUUUUUCUUGUUGGUCAGAUUUUUGAGAAGAAUUAAACAACAUCCAUCUGGAAAUUGUGAAUCUGUCAGAAACAUCUCAUCAGCUUUCAGAGAUCUUCAGUGGUACUUACAUAAACAUAAACAUAAACAUAAGAUGCAGUGCUUUUGAAAUAUAUAUUAUUUUAAGCAUCACAGACUGAAAACGUGGGUCCAAUUGCAGUACAGUCUGUCAUUUUCUUAUCCAGUGGGACACGGUACUGUACACAGAAGAAUGGAAGAAAGUAAGUUCAGCGUUGUUUAUGAUCUGGGUGGUAAAGCAGGGAAGUGCUUAUAUGGAUGUCUCCCACUGGGUGUCACCCAAUUCAUUUCUGAUCUUCUCAGGGUUUGAAACAUUGAGUCCAGCAUGAAGGCAAUACUCCCUCCACACCAUCAACCCCGUAAAUCCUCUUUACAAAAACAGUUAUUUAUAUCAGCCAAAGCAGUAUGCUGUUUUUUAUGUUGUUUGUGAGUGUUUUUAUAUUGUGCACAGAAUAAGACAAUAUUUCAUUCAGAUUUAAAACUGAAAGCCAUGAACACUUGUUCUGUAUGUACUAUCUUUAUUGAUUUGUAUAUAGUGUCUUUAAUAUAUAUCACUUUUUUGGUGUAAUUAUAUACUGUAUUGUUAUUGUUAUUCGGACUGUUGUAUCUGUCUGGGUGAAAAACACCUCCACCAGAUUUUACAAAAGUAUAUUUUAGUGGAUGAUUGCCAUAUUUGCAAGGCAUUGUCUUUUCCUCUCUCAAGUGUCUGUUGGAUAAAUUUGUUUUGUGAAGUUUGCCAUGCUGCACUCUCUUGAAACCACAUCUUCAAAAUAUAGUGAAAGGUAAAUGCACUCUAGAAAAUUAGUUCAAGAAAUCAAGCUCCUCAGAAACUUAUUUUACAAUAGAGGCCCACUGUAAACCUAGACCAGGAUGAUGAAGAAACAAGGAAAAAGUCAGACUGAUAAGGCCAGAGUACAUCAGAUCAUAUGAGAUGAGAUUUAUUCUGUUUGAUUAAUUGCAGAAAGAAACGUAUGUGUCACAUUAACCACAGAAAAAUAAACCCCUAACAUCUUCACAAUAGGGUGUUGAAGUGACCAUCACUCAUGUGUGCAUGAGGUGACUUCCCCUCAUGUGUAUUUAAACGCACAAUGUCGAAAUUAAACUUAAAGAAUCAGACAAUGAAAUUUGAGCAGAAAUUCAUGCUGGACUAAUAAUGACAGGGUUAUGAUGUAAUUCUUCUUCUAUUAAAUGCAUUUUUUUUUAUAAAACAAAGGUUAAUGUACAUAUAAGUCUUAACUAAGCACAGAUAAAGGUGGUUAACUGAAAUAUCUAAAUGCACACAACAUUGGUAUGACAAUGGGACAAUUAAUUGAAUACAUUUUUGAGUUCUCAGGGACAGAUUUAAUAAAUUAGAGUAAUGACAAACGUUUUAGGGACUUAAGAUGUUUAAAUUCUUACUCAUCUUGCAAUGUCAAUUGUAUACCGUAUAUUUUGAAGAUGGGUAUAUACUGAAGAUUUGUGUGACUGAGUAGCAAAUGAUUACUGAAAAAAAGGAACACAAGGGUAAGUACAAAGUAGCACAUGUGGUGAAGGGUGCAAAAGCUGCAAGAGUAACCACAGUGGUUCCACUGAACAAUAGUGUGAUGGAUGGGAAGCAAAUCAAUCAUGAGAGAGAGUAGAAAGUUUUGUAACACAUACCUGGAUUACUUUUCACAGGAGGAAAAAAAACAUAUUUUGGGUUAGUUGUCAUAAACAAUAACAAUAGGAGAGCAUGAUCAGAUUACUCCAAAAGCAUUGCUGCAUUUUAAUAAUACGGGCCUUUAAAUAGGGGCAUCUGAUAUCUGCAUGUGCCAGAUGUGGAGGUGACCUUAAAUGGAAAAUGUGGUUACAGUGAAAAUCACAACUGUAAAGGAAGUGGUGGUGAUUGGGUCAUGAGAAUGCAUGAAUUAGACCAGAAAAGAUGAAAGAAAAGAAAAGAGAUAAUGCAGAAGAAAACUCUCAGUUUGACUGAACACACUGAAGGUCAUUGACAAAGAGCAUCGGUAUCUGCUGGAUUGGAAUCACACAGACAGGAACUAUAGUGGUUCAAUGAGGAUGUACUGUGUAAGUCAGAUAUUGACGGCAUACAGCAGACUUGGCUUAUACCGUGUGUGCGUUAGGUGGUGGAGAACUGGAACAAGAACAGAAUUACUGAAGUUGGGGAUUCAGAACAGAAGCUGUUUGAUGCAAAAGGUGUUGUGUGUAACAACUCUGGUUGGUGGCAUAAGCACUGUCUUUAACUGCCGUGUAAACGCUGAUCUAUCGUGUGAAAAGUUGACAAUGUGUAGAGGUUACGUGUGAGCAUAGGAGAAAAAACGUCAUGUUAAUUACUCUUUUUAAAGCAGCACAAUUGAUAAAAUAAAAAGUCCUAUAUUGUUUA